AAUACCACACGUACUCUUUAUAAAUCGCCUAGUAUCAUCCACCACUAUCCAACCCCUGUCUGUUAUUGAUCUCAAUUGAAACCCGACUCUUUCGUCUUCUUUCUCUUGGCAAGAUUUAUUGAAAAAAUGGCCACUAAGAAGAGUGUUAGCAGUUUAAAGGAAACAGAUUUGAAGGGAAAGCGAGUGUUUGUGAGGGUAGAUCUGAAUGUUCCUUUGGAUGAUAACUUUAAUAUUACUGAUGAUACUAGGAUCCGUGCUGCUGUUCCCACUAUCAAGUACUUGAUGGAUCAUGGUGCCAGAGUUAUUCUAUGCUCUCACUUGGGACGCCCAAAGGGUGUUACACCUAAAUACAGCUUGAAGCCUCUUGUACCAAGGCUAUCCGAACUUCUUGGUGUUGAGGUUAAGAUAGCAAAUGAUUGUAUUGGCGAGGAAGUUGAGAAAUUGGUGGCUGAGAUUCCAGGAGGAGGUGCUUUGCUUCUUGAAAAUGUAAGGUUCCACAAGGAGGAAGAGAAGAAUGACCCUGAAUUUGCAAAGAAGCUUGCUUCUCUAGCAGAAGUCUAUGUGAAUGAUGCAUUUGGUACUGCUCACAGAGCCCAUGCUUCGACUGAGGGAGUGGCUAAAUACUUGAAGCCUGCUGUUGCUGGUUUCCUUAUGCAGAAGGAGCUUGACUAUCUUGUUGGAGCUGUGGCGAAUCCCAAGAAGCCAUUUGCUGCAAUUGUUGGUGGCUCAAAGGUAUCAUCCAAGAUUGGUGUGAUCGAAUCCCUUUUAGAGAAGGUUGACUUCCUCUUCUUGGGCGGAGGAAUGAUCUAUACUUUUUACAAAGCCCAAGGGUACUCAAUUGGGUCAUCCCUUGUGGAGGAAGACAAGCUUGAUCUUGCAACUUCACUUAUUGAGAAGGCCAAGGUCAAGGGGGUAAAACUACUGUUGCCCGCCGAUGUGGUUGUUGCUGACAAGUUUGCUCCAGAUGCCAACAGCAAGGUUUGCAUCAUUGUCCGUUUAAAUUAUGUGCAUUCCCUGGAAUAUGUGCAUGUAAACCUGUUGUUUAGUGCAAUUUUCUUGCAGGUGGUACCAGCUUCUGAGAUAGCAGAUGGUUGGAUGGGUUUGGAUAUAGGACCUGAUUCUAUCAAGACAUUCAGUGAGGCAUUGGAUACAACCAAAACCAUUAUUUGGAAUGGACCAAUGGGUGUGUUUGAGUUCGAGAAGUUUGCAGCAGGAACUGAGGCAAUCGCCUGGAAGCUUGCUGAGCUCAGUGGCAAGGGAGUGACUACCAUCAUUGGAGGAGGUGACUCUGUUGCUGCUGUGGAGAAGGCUGGGCUCGCUGAUAAGAUGAGCCACAUCUCAACAGGAGGUGGUGCCAGCUUAGAGCUUCUUGAGGGGAAACCAUUGCCUGGAGUCCUGGCUCUUGACGACGCUUGAGCUGGAUUUUUCUUUUAGUGCUGGUAUAUGUUUGGUUUUGCUACUGGAGUGGGCUGAAUGAGCGAGCUGAUCUUAUGGAGGCUGUAGAGUGACCGAAUAAAUGCUCUUCCAAGUAUAUUAAACUAUGCAAUGGUUUCAGAAUUCAGAUCGGAUUCUUUUUUGGAACAUUGUUUUUGAUGAUCCAGUUAUGUGAAUUUUCUCUCCCAAGGAAAUCUUAUUUCAAUCUGAAAUCUUAAUGCUGAUUCCAAUGUU